UAAAUAUAUUUCUUACGUUAUUUCUCUCACAAAUGUGCAAGUAUUUGCUUACUAGAAAAACAUGUUCUCCAGCGGGGGGUAUUUCCGCGGUUUCAACUGUCCUUUUUUCGCCAGUGGACUUUGUGAACGUCCAUAUUGCCACUACCGACAUGUGAAGACAGAGGAAGAGAAGCCCCAAAGUAAAGCUGCAGGCAGUGGAUAUUCAGAUGCACAGAUUGAUUGUAACUGGACAACUGGAAGUGGACCAUCUGGUUUAAAAGGGGAACCAGUUAAAGUAAAUAAAUACACCGGGGAACCAGAGGUUCCAACCCCAGAAAGGACAGAUGUGCAGGUGUCACAGGAGCAAGAUAAUGUCAACAAGUACACCGGGGAACCAAUGGUGGCCCAGUCAUCAGAUGAAUAUGUUGUGGAAGUGAAUUCAAAUUGUAAAAAAUACAAACCAACAGAUAAGAAUUAUAAUGGAGAACUGGUGGUGGCUCAGUCAUUAAAUGAAUAUACAGUUGAAGUGAAUUCAGAUUGCAAGAAGUAUAAUCCAACAGACAAAAAUUAUGAUGGGGGACAAAUGGUAACCCAGCCAUCUAAUGAAUACACAGUAGAAGUGAAUUCAAAUUGUAAGAAAUACAGACCAACUGAUAAAAAGUCACUUAAGUCUCAAAGACCAAAAUUACAAAUACACAAACCUGUUCAUAAAGUAAACAAGUACACUGGUGAACCAGUAGUUGACAUUGUUGACAAACAAACAUAUACCCCAGAAGCGAAAGAUUUCCCCGAAUAUAACCCCACUCCCAUCAAUCAGUUAAAACCUAGUCUCUCCAAAUAUCAAGCAGGCACAUUGGAAAAUGAAAAUGAGCAAGAAUAUGAUCCACAGAGUAAUUUUUCUACAACAUGCUUACUUAAACCCUCUCAGCCAAUGGCUAUUAAAAGAACUUUUACCUAUGACCCCACCACACCAGAAUUCAAUCACCCUGCCAAAAGAGCCAAAGGAGAUGUAGAAGAAGCAAUGCCAGACUAUGACAAAGAUGAAAGUGAUGAUGGAGAAAUGGGAAUGUUCAGCGAAGAUGAUGAAGAAGAAGAAAUUAGACUUCCAACACUGGAAGAUGAUGAUAGUUCUGACGACAAGGAGGAAGAUUCAUCGAAACCUUCCAUAAUUACUGAUGUGAAAGUGUUUGAAAAUUUGCUUUUACCAGUUAUGGAUCAUGACAACAACAGUAAUGAAACUUCAAGUGAUACAAAGAAGAAGUUAUCAGAGUCAGGGAAAAAGUCUCGCUCUGAAACAAAAGACCAUGCCAAAAAAGUCAGAACAAGGGAAAAUUCUUCAAAUCAUGAAAAAAUAUCAUCAAAAUCUAUUGUCAGUAAUGAAACAAAGAAAAAUGGACAUUCACAUAAAGAAAGAGCCAGUACAAAACUUGACUCAUCAAAAUCCUCAAAACACAGUUCAUCCUCAAAAUCUAGAGAAAAUUCCUCAUCUAGGGCAUCUUCAAGCAAAUCCUCUGUAAAAGGCUCCACAAAGCCAGCUGAGAAACAAAGCUCCUCUCAUUCCUCCACCCCCGACAAAUCAUCCCACAAACACUCUCGUCACAAAUCUUCUACAUCUUCCUCCUCCAAACACAUAUCCUCCUCCAAACACAAAUCAUCCAGUGAAAAAGAGACCCCAAAAAAGCACUCCUCCUCCUCCUCACAACAAAAACAUGAGCACAGUAAACAUUCGGCACGUGAUAAAAGUUCUACUAAGCAAGACCAUCAUAAACAUUCUGGUGACAAAAAGAAAGAACAAUCUGGGAAGGUGCGUGAAAAACAUGAAUCCAGUGGGCAUAGUAAACAUGAAUCAAGAUCAAAAAGUUCAAAGGAGACUUCUAAGGACUCCAUGAAAGGAGAGAACAAGAAAAGGGAUAGAUCAGUUUCAUUGGAUAGUAAUGGGUCCAAAAGGAAGAUACUAGAUAUCAAUUUAGACUUGUUUGGUGUGGACAGUGAUGAGGAUGAUAUUCCUCCUCUAAUCAGUGAUGAGGAGGAAGAUCCGUACGAGGAAUGUCUGAGGAUUUAUAAUGAAAGUAAUGUCUCCAAACCAUCACCCAAGAAAAAAAGUCGAAGUGAAAGGAGUAUCAGUGAAACUGAUCAGUCUGAGAGUGUGAGUAUCCCAGGUAAAAAGAGGACUGCCCACAAAGGAAGCAAAGAGGUGACGAGGAAAAUUCCAGAGAAACCCCAUACUAAGUUGUCCCCAGCUCAGAUCAUGCACAACAGAUUUGUUAUGAUGCAGAAACAGGCCCAAGAAGAGGCUGGAAGAUCUCAGGAAGCUUCAACAUCAUCCUCAUCUGGAAAACAGAGGGUUGCUCAUCAAAGUAACGUAAAUCAGAAAGUAAAGAAUGGGAGAGAGGGGACCAAAGGGGUGAAUGGUAAAACCAUUGUCUCCACGGCGUCCAAAACGGAGAAACGCACAGCUCAUGUACCUAAUGUGAAGAAUAUAAGGCGGCCAACGAUUCCAGCAGAAUAUGGCAGCAAGGUCCCAAUCAGUGUGAGGCAGCGAUAUCUCAACACAAUUAUUGAUGAAUGUCUGCCUCUUUAUAAUAAUGAAGAGGAUGCUUUUAAGAGGGGUUUAGAGGAAGAACUCUCAGUGUACAAAAGAGCCAGUAACAAAAAUGUCUACCUUAAUGUUGCAUGUAACACAAUCAAAAGACUUCGAACAGAGGCAGCAGAGCUUACUGCUUCUCCAACAAAACCUACUUCCCCUCUGAAAAUGUCACAUGAAGCAGUGUUAGGAGGCAAAAAUGCAACCAAGACAACUUACACUCUUAACAGAUCAGGGGGCUCAACAAAAGGACCCAUCGAAAACUUCAAAGGGAGUGAAUUUUAUAACAGACUUGCUAGGUACAUAAUGACAGAGGAACAGCUUCAGGAGAACGGCUUUCCCCGACCAGAUAGUGAGAACAGCUCAGUAGCCAAAAUAUACACAGUCAGCCAACAGGAACAGAAUAGUGCCAAACUUAAAACGUAUGAGAAAAUUUGUGUGCGAUGCGGGAAGCGAUUUAUGGUGUUUCCAAAUGGGACAUAUGCACAUCAGGAGGAGUGUAGUUAUCAUUGGGGGAAAGCCUGGAAAAAGAAAAUUGCUGGGUAUAUUGAAACUAGAUAUACUUGUUGUCAAGGGGAUUUAGGGACAGAAGGUUGUCAAAUUGCUAAGUGCCAUGUUCAUGAGACAAACAAGUGGGAGAAUCGUACAGGUUACAUGAGGACCCUCCCGUGUUCCCCCGUCCCUGAUGGAGAUUAUGGAGUGUAUGCCAUGGACUGUGAAAUGGUGUACACUCAGGGUGGUGUGGAGCUCGCUAGAGUUACUGUGACAGAUUGUGAGAACAACUCAGUAUAUGAGACCUUGGUGAGACCAGAUAGAAAAAUCAUAGAUUACAACACAAGGUUUAGUGGGAUCACUAAGGAUGAUAUGGUUGAAGUAACUACAAACAUCAGGGAUGUCCAGGCAGUUCUGCUCAGUCUCUUCACAGAGAAAACCAUUCUGAUUGGACACAGCCUGGAAAGUGACCUUGCAGCUGUCAAGAUUAUACAUGAUACAGUGGUAGAUACAUCAGUAGUGUUUCCUCAUCGCCUUGGGCCUCCCUAUAAAAGGGCCCUCAAAACACUGAUGGCAGAAUAUAUGAAGAAAAUUAUUCAAGACGAUGUGGGAGGCCAUGACAGUCAAGAGGAUGCCAUUUCCUGUAUGGAGUUGAUGCAGUGGCGUGUUAAAGAAGAUGCUCGAAAAGAACCAAGAUGUAGCUGAUUCCUGUAAAAUAGAAUCUCACUGAUUGUAAACAGUCAAAAAACUGCUGCAGUUUCUGUAAGCAAUUAAAAAACAGCCACAGUUUCUGUAAGCAGUCGAAAAACAGCCACAGUUUCCGUAAACAGUCGAAAAACAGCCACAGUUUCUGUGAACAGUCAAAAAAACAGCUGUAGUAUCUGUAAACAGUUGAAAAAAUGCCAUUGUUCCUAUAAACAGUCUAAAAACUGCCACAUGAAACUGGUAGGCUUUAGAACAGAAAAUGAAAGAAAAGUGAAUAAGGAUUGUUGUCAGUAUUAACUCGCAGGAUCUUAUAGAAAUAAUGAUGUAUACAUGUAGAAUGCUGGGAAGAUCUUUGUGUUAAAUGUAGUGAUAUUGAACUGUAUAGUACUUAACAGUAUUAGUGUUUUAUUUAUAUAUUGUUCACUCUCUGGGAGCAUGGUGUUAUUGUAUGGAGAAUUCCUUCCUUUUGCAAUUCUUAGAAGUAAAACAAGAACAAUUUGUAAAAUGAAAAAAAAUUGUGCAAUUCAUUUUUAGCUCACCUGAGCUGAAAGCUCAAGUGAGCUUUUCUGAUCACCCGUUGUCCGUCCGUCUGUCUGUCCGUCCAUCCAUCUGUCCGUCCGUCUGUAAACUUUUCACAUUUUCGACUUCUUCUCAAGAACCACUGGGCCAAUUUUAACCAAACUUAGUGCAAAGCAACCUUGGAUGAAGGGGAGUUUAAAUUGUUAAAAUGAAGGGCCAAGUCCCCUUCAAAGGGGAGAUAAUCAAGAAAGUACAAAAAUUGGGUGGGGUCAUUAAGAAAUCUUUUCUCAAGAACCACGGGCCAGAAUAGCUGAAACUUAUCUGGAAGCAUCCUAAGGUGGUGUAGAUUCUAAAUUGUUCAGAUCAUGACUCCCGGGGUAGGGCGGGGCCACAAUAGGGAAUCCAAGUUUUACAUUGAAAUAUAUAGGAAAAAUCUUCUUCUCAAGAACCACUGGGCCAGAAAAGCUGAAACUUAUGUGGAAGCAUGCUGGGGUAGUGUAGAUUCUAAAUUCUUCAAAUCAUGACCCCCGGGGGUAGGGCGGGGCCACAAUAGGGAAUCCAAGUUUUAUAUUGAAAUAUAUAGGAAAACUCUUUUAAAAUCUUCUUCUCAAGAACCACCGGGCCAGAUAAGCUGAAACUUACUUGGAAGCAUCCUGGGGUAGUGUAGAUUCCAAUUGUUCAAAUCAUGACCCCUGGGGUAGGGAGGGGCCACAAUAAGUACUACGGAGGGGGGGGGAGAGAAAUCAGGUGAAAAACAGCAAGACCAAAGUUACUCAGGUGAGCGCUGUGGCCCAUGGGCCUCUUGUUUCUAUUUAGAUACAACACUUCUGAUAGGUCCAAUGGGAUAACUUCUGUUUUGCUUGUAUUUUGUAAUAAUCUAUACUACCUCUCUUUCACUUUAAAUAUAACUUUAUUUAUACUUGUACAUGCAGGCAUUUAAUGCACCUGUGCCAUAUACAUAUACAUGCUUACCUGCAUAUGAUUUAAAUUGUGUCUUUCUUAGCUGUUUGGUUCUUCUAAGUUCACAUUUAGUUGAUACAUUAAUUAUUCUGAGAAUAUUACAGUAAUUUUUUUUUAACCCUAAAUCAUGGAUAUUCUUGUUAAAAUAAAACAGUGCAAUUUUAUCAGCACCGAGGUCUUAGUUGAAGGAAGCAUGAGUGUUUGAGCGACACAUGGAAUGUGAUUGUGUUAUUGUUUGUGUAAUUUUGUAUCUGGUGCAGUAAAUUACUGAGAUUAAUCAUGUGCUUAAAUAUUAUCUUGUAAAUUCAAAAGAGAUUGUUGUGUCAGAUAAUAAUGGGCAUCAUUAUGCUAAUAAAGUUGUUAGUUUUUGAGCCAUAUGUG